GAUGGGGAGCCCAAUGGCGGUGUGAAAUACUUUGAGAAAGAGCUGAAACGUCUGGUCACCAAGAAAAGCACCAAUCUCAGCUUCCGGGUGCAGAUCAUGGCCUGCACUGCUGACGAGGAUGCUGUAGGGUACUUGAAUGACAUCGACGAGAAGUUUGGAAAGGUGGAUGUCACGGAUGACUACUACAGUGAGAUGCUCGAGGUGGUCAAAAAGGCCCGCACGAAGAAGAGCUUCUCACGGGGCGACUGGCUGAUGAAGGCCAUGCUGGGUCCUGUCAGCUCAAAGUUCGAUGCCUGGGAUGAGACGGGAGCAAAGAAGAAGCACUGUGCCAAGCACUGCGACGACUCUGACUGCAGUGAUCACAGCGACGGUGAUUGCGGCGUCUGCAGUGUACAGUGA